GACAGUGCAGUAAUGGCGGCCUCCUAUGAGCAAAGAGGCAACGUGACAACUCACUAAAAUGUGGAUUUGUUAUAAUAGAAAUCUAUUCAGACUACUGUAGUACGAUUAUAUGUUUCACAAAGACCAUCGUUUUUUGCCUUCCUAACAUUUUGUAGGUCUAUAUAAAAAACAAAGAUGUCUUCAUUUAAACCCACAAAAAUACCAGUAUAUCCCAAACUUGGAGAAAAAGUCACUCAAGAAACACUUUACUGGAAAGACUACAAGGCACCAAUUCAGAUAAAAGAGUUUGGAGCUAUCACCAAUCUAGAUUUCUCUCCUGUGGCACCACAUAAUUUUGCCGUGACAGCAUUCACCAGGAUCCACAUUUAUGGACCAUUUUCCCAAGAGCCAGUGAAAACAUUUACUAAAUUCAAGGACAAUGCAUAUUGUGGAAGGUUUAGGUCAGAUGGCCAGCUUCUAGUCGCAGGAUGUGAGGACACACAGGUGCGACUUUUUGAUGUCUGCGGAAAAGUGGCUCUCCGAAUGUUCAAAGGGCAUACAAAGGCAGUACAUGUCACAGAUUUUACUUCUGAUCGAUACCAGAUCUUCACAGGAUCGGACGACUACACCUGUCGGCUUUGGGACAUCCCAAAUUCCACUGAACUUUUAUCUUAUCAAGAGCACACAGACUAUAUUCGUUGUGGCAUUACAAGCAAACUUAACAGCAACCUUUUCAUAACUGGAUCAUAUGACCAUACACUGAAGGUCUUUGAUACCAGAACAGAUAAGAGUGUGCUUUCCAUGGAUCAUGGUCAGCCAGUGGAAAGUCUCCUACUUUAUCCUUCAGAAGGACUUCUUGUUUCAGCAGGAGGCCGUUAUGUAAAAGUAUGGGAUCUUCUAAAAGCUGGCGAGCCUCUUGUCUCUUUGAAAAACCACCACAAAACUGUGACCUGCUUAUGUCUGAGCAGUAAUGGACAGAGGUUACUCUCUGGUUCACUGGACAGGCACGUCAAGGUGUACAAUACAACAACAUACAAAGUUGUUCACAACUUUGACUAUGCUGCUUCCAUCCUUAGUCUUGGUUUGGCUCCAAAUGACGAGUCAAUUGUCGUGGGUAUGACCAAUGGUAUCCUAAGUAUCAAACACAGAAAAGGUUCUGAAGACUCUAAGGAGGGUGUUGUACAACAGAGAAGACGCCCGUCGUACCGUGUCUUUGUGAAAGGAAAGAACUAUGUGCCCAAACAGGAUGACUAUCUCAUUGGUAAGCCAGUAAAAGAGCAUCUGGCCAAAUACGACAGACAGCUGAAGAAAUUUAAUGUGUCUAAGGCAUUGGAUACAGCUUUAGAGACAUAUACAAGAACAAGAAAGCCAGAGAUCACUGUAGCUGUUAUAAAGGAGUUGGAUCGAAGGGGGAAGUUGAAAAAUGCUCUAGCUGGAAGAGAUGAACAAGGGCUUUCACGAUUACUUAGUUUCCUCAUUGGGCACGUGGUGAACCAGAGAUUUGCGCCUGUCCUUAUAACAGCAGCUGAUAUGAUCCUGGACAUCUAUCGGUCAACCAUUGGUCAGUCUCCAGUCAUUGACCGCCAGCUGCUGCGUUUGCAAGAUUUAAUAGAGCGAGAGAUUGACUAUGAGCAAGAUCUCCUGGAAGUACUUGGGAUGCUUGAUGCGAUAUUUGCCUGCUCCCUUCCCAAAAAGGAGGUACCAAGCUCCAAUAUCAGCAGACAAAAUGGCCUUACUCAAGGAGAAUCGAGUACUACUGUUCCACCUCAGAUUCAAACUUCAUGAAGAGGAGAUCUCAGCUAUGGGAUACAGUGGCUUUUACUAACUGGACACGUCUGCAUAGGGGAUGUAUUAUUAAAAGACAGGACUUUAUAUCUGAAGUUUUUUGAUACAACUGUACAAGUGAUGUUUUAUUAUGGAAUUGUUUAAAUGAAAUGAAUUGUAUGAAUGAA